AUGGAUGCCACAGAUGCAGCGGUUGUGGACCCACCUGUAAGCUGUCAUCCACCAACUGUGGAGGAGACUCGACAGGCAGUGAACAAGCUGAGCGAGGUUUUUGUCACGGAGUUUUUCACUGUGGGAGUAUGGAACUACGACAGCUACUACCUGAUCUUUGGCUCAGGAACCAGACUGUUUGUUUCUGCCAAUCCGGUGGUUCAGCCUGAGGUGAGCAUCUACCCUGCAGCAUCCAGAUCCCCUCUGGAGGAGAAGCGCUUGCUGUGCGUGUCCUCGGCCAUGUUUCCUCCUCUGGUCAGGUUCUCCUGGAGGAGACGACAAAAGAAGAGCGGACGUUCAGAGAACCUGCCCUCUUCUGAUGAACGGCAGCUCAGAGAGUCUGGAUGUACGGCCUCCAUCUUAGCGGUGGAUCAGAGAGAGAGCGACUCGUAUGAAUACAGCUGCUCCGUGCAGCACGAGGGAGGGGAAAAAGUGACAACUCUGGCUCCAACAGAAUUUCCAACGUUUCUAGAACCUUCAACAUCACUGCCAACAUCUCCUCCAACAUCCUCUCCACCGUCACCUUCACCAUCACUUUCACCAGCUCCUCCAUCUCCAUCACUUCCUCCAUCCCCGUCUCCGUCUGUGUCUGUGUACAAGCUGAGGCUGCUCCUGCUGCUCUACACGCUGCUGAUAGUGAAGAGUCUGGUCUACUGCUGUGGACUCUUCCUGAUGACCGUCCUCAGGAACAAGAGACUGUCCACAGACUGCAGACAGGCUGGGUGACUGUAACCAUCAUCAUCUCAUCAGUUCAUCUCAUUGACUACUAAUACUUAUUGUCAAUGAUGACUUUAUCUAAUUAGAAGUAGUCUGACAACAUUUAGUGGAAACAUUUUACAAGGUUCACAAAAUUUGGUACAGCUAACAGGAAACCAGUGAUUAACUCCUCGGUGUGAUGCUCAACUUUAGAGCAACAAACACAAAAAAACAUUUUAACACUUAUUGAAAAAGUGUACAGGGAGAUAUUUAGAUAAAUAAUAAAAUAUUAAAGCAGUAUC